AAAAAAAAAAAAACAGAAAAGACAAACGCCAACGAUGAAGAUCCCUCUCAGCCUUCUUUUGCUCCUUGGUUCUGUCUUUGUCGCCAGCAGCGUUCUGGUUCAGGCCCCAGGUGCCACUGAGAGAGAAUGCGGGCGUCUUGGAGUUAUGCACUAUGACCCUGAUGAUCUUCCUGAAGGGUCUACUGCUGAAGAUGUGCGCAAGUGUGCGGACCAUCCCUUGAGCCACCUGAACUACUGGGGCUGGGGUGACUACUUGCCAAGAUGGUUCCCUUGAAGAUACACACGCCCCGCGGUCUCAGCGUGUUCCUUGGCGGUGUGUUUUCCAUAAAAUGUCCUACCUAUCCGCAUUGUAACUCCCAACUUGCGGGUAACCAAAGUUUGUGGCAGGCAGUUCGCGUGGAGCGUGGAACUUGUUGGUUUUACUGUGGCUGUUGGGUUGUAUGGGUGUGAUAUACAGCUAGUUAGGGUUGAGCUUGCAUGGACCUUCACUUUUUUAACCCUCUCAAAAGGGGCCUACUGGUGUUACUUUAUGUGUUUGUGUGGAAAGAUGAUCGAAUUACCUCAUCUGAGUACAGCUAGUAGGGCCACGAGAACUCGCUUCUACGGG